CAAUUGUUAGGGUUGCCUCAGGGAUUUCAGAUAACCCUAAGCUCAAAGCACAGGGAAGGCACCCAGAGACAGCUCCACCUGUGCCCCGGGGAGCUGGAGGCGGUGCGGGGGCAGGGGAGGUAUAAAAGGACCAGCCCUGUAGAAGACUGGAGACACUGGGCUCCGGAUCAAGGACAGAGCUUAGACAAGUCACUCCCAGCUCUCUCAUCUGGCAGUCCUUGAGCCACUGUCACCGUGAUGGGAGCCUGGCUCCUUUCCCUGAUAACUGUGCUGCUGUCUUUAGCCCUGGAAACUGCUGGACAAGGCGAAAGAAUUAUAGAUGGCUACAAAUGUAAAGAAGGCUCGAAACCAUGGCAGGUGGCUCUUCUCAAAGACGGUCAGCUUCACUGUGGAGGGGUGCUGGUGGACGAAUACUGGGUGCUCACAGCAGCCCACUGCAAAAUGGGUCAGUACCAAGUGCAUCUGGGCAGUGAUAAAAUAGGGGAUCAGAGUGCCCAGAAGAUCAAGGCUACAAAGUCAUUCCGACACCCUGGCUACUCCACAAAGACCCACGUCAAUGACAUCAUGCUUGUGAGGAUGGACAAGCCAGUCAAGAUGUCAUCCAACGUGCAGAAAGUCAAGCUUCCUGAUCACUGUGAACCCCCAGGGACAAUGUGCACCGUCUCUGGAUGGGGCACCACCACCAGCCCAGACGUGACCUUUCCCUCGGAUCUUAUGUGCUCGGACGUGAAGCUCAUCUCCUCUAAGGAGUGCAAGAAGGUGUACAAGGACCUGCUGGGGAAAACCAUGCUGUGCGCUGGCAUUCCUGACUCGAAGACUAACACGUGCAAUGGUGACUCAGGGGGGCCCUUGGUGUGCAAUGAUACCCUUCAAGGUCUGGUAUCCUGGGGAACCUACCCUUGUGGCCAGCCCAACGACCCAGGCGUCUACACUCAAGUCUGCAAGUACAAACGGUGGCUGGAUGAGACCAUAAAAACCUAUCGCUAACAUGCCAGGAGCCGAGCUGUGAGCCUUCAAAGUUAUGAUCAUGGAGUAAGGACAUCGUGGCAGCCCUGUAAAGUCCUGUAUAGCUUUACCUUUCCUCCAGGACAUAGCCAAACCUCAACACUAUGUUAAGUUUAUAAACCAGUCAGAAUCCCAGAGACCUAAAAGCAAAUCAAGACAAACGACUAAGAAACCGGGCUGUGGAAGACACCAGAAGGCUAAAGCUUUCCAUUGCAAGAGCUGGGGGGAUUCCUACAGUCCUUUGUUGGAAAGUAGCUGGUAACUGUGAGACCUUCAUGCACUGCCUUUGACUCAGGCCAUCCAUUCCUACAGAGUUCUUUUUUUUUUUUUUUUUUUUUUUAAAUUGAACCAAGUUUGGAUUCAUUACAGUACUUAUUGUAGAGGAAGGAAAGAAUGGAAACUGUUAGCAUGUUCAAAAUAGUAGAUUAUUUAAAUGGGAGUUCUAUUUCUCUCAUUAUGAAGUUGUGAGAAAUAAUGCCUAAGCUGUAAUGCUUAGCCUUAUGCAAGAGAGACUUUUGUUGUAUGAUGUUUAGUGGGAACAUGGGCUGGACAUGUCAAGUAAAUACUGAUGAGACAGAAUAAAAAAAUCUAAGUGAUCUAA